AUGUUGUUGCCAUGGGAACUGUUAAUCCUUCUGUCACUCAAAGAGUGCCUGGCUGGUAAGAAGACAAAGAAUACACGCCACGGUCCGGUCUUUACCCAGGAGCCCAGUGACAGUGUUUUCCCCCUGAGCACUGAUGAUAAGCAGGUGUUUAUUAACUGCAAAGCAAAAGGAAACCCACCUCCUCAUUACAGGUGGAAGGUGGACGGCAGAGAAAUAGACACAGAUCGAUCCGAUCCAAACUUCAGCCUAGUCGAGGGAAACCUGUUGAUCUAUAACCCCCAUGUGAUCAACCAUGGAGGCGUGUAUCAGUGCAUCGCCACCAACACAUUUGGGACCAUUGUCAGCAGGGAGGCAAAAGUCCAGUUUGCAUUUCUGCAGAACUUCAGCAGGAAGUCGAGGAACACGGUGUCAGUGAGAGAGGGUCAAGCUGUGGUUCUGCUCUGCGGCCCUCCACCCCAUUACGGAGAGAUCAAAUAUUCAUGGAUUUUCAACGGACAACGCAGCUUCCUGCAGCAAGACGCUCGCCGCUUUGUCUCUCAGAGGACGGGCAACUUGUACAUAGCCAAAGUCGAAGCCUCGGACGCUGGGAACUACACGUGCGCGGUGAGAAACAUGAUGACCAAUGCGACAGUGCUCAGCUCCCCAACCCCGGUGGUGGUGAGGAGGGACGUGGUGAUGGGUGAAUACGAGCCAAAGAUGGAGGUUCAGUUUCCUGACGACUUACAUGUCUCUAAAGGAUCCUCUGUGAAGCUGGAGUGCUUUGCCUUAGGAAACCCCGUGCCUUCCAUCUCAUGGAGAAGAGCUGAUGGAAAUCCACUCCCUGGCAAGAUUAAAAUCAAUCACGCCAUUGGGGUUCUGGAAAUUCCGUAUUUUCGCCCGGAGGACGCCGGUGUGUAUGAGUGCGAAGCCGAAAACAGCAGAGGACGAAAUGUUGCCAGAGGGCAACUGAUAUUCCACAAUGUUGAACAUCUGCACUGGGUCCAGACACUAAAAGAUGCUCAUAUGGCCAUAGAUGCUAAUCUGCAAUGGGAAUGUAAAGCCACUGGUAAACCUAAGCCUGCAUACAGAUGGUUAAAGAAUGGUCAGCCUCUACCAGCAGAGGGGAGGAUCCAUGUGGAAGCUGGGAGACUGACCAUAUCCAGGAUUAGUCUGUUGGACUCUGGCAUGUAUCAGUGUGUGUCAGAGAACGAACAUGGAGCCGUCUACGCCAGCGCGGAGCUCAAGGUUGUAGCCUCCCCGCCUGACUUCACCCGGCGCCCCGUGAAGAAGUCCACGGUGAUCCAGAGGGGGGGCGAGGUUGUCUAUGAGUGUCGCCCCCACGCUUCCCCCAGGGCCACAAUCUCUUGGUGGAGAGGGGGCGAGCUGCUGAAGGACGGCAGGAGACAGACUAUCAUGGAGGACGGAACCCUGCGCAUCACCAACAUCUCCAAAUCUGAUGACGGCAGGUACACGUGCGUGGCCAGAAACCAGUUUGGAACCUCCAGCAGCACAGGAACACUGAUGGUGAAAGAACCCACCAAAAUCGUUGUUCCACCUUUGAGCUUGGACGCCACUGUGGGACAGAGCCUCGUGUUGCCCUGCGAGGUGUCGAGCGAUUCAUCCCUGAUCCCCGUCUUCAAGUGGUUUUUCAACGGCAAAGCCAUUGAUUUCAUCAGACAGGAGCACUUUGAAAUGAUUGGAGGGGGAUUUUCAGGUGACCUGAUGGUGAGGAACAUUCAGCUGAAGCACUCUGGGAAGUAUGUGUGCAUGGUACACACAGAAGUCGACACGGUUUCAGCAGCAGCAGACCUAAUUGUCAGAGGACCCCCGGGUGCCCCGGAGGGCCUGGUGGUGACGGACAUCACCGACAACACUGUGCAACUUUCCUGGGGCUCUGGACCUGACAACCACAGCCCUGUGACCAUGUACAUGGUGCAGGCCCGGACCUCUUUCUCUAUAGGCUGGCAGACUGUGAGAACAGUUCCUGAUUCUGUGCCUGGACAGAUGAUGCAUGCCACAGUGACGGAUCUGAACCCCUGGGUGGAUUAUGAAUUCAGGGUGGUGGCAAUCAACAGUGUUGGUGUAGGAGAACCCAGCACGCCAUCAAAACAGAUCCGAACCAAAGCCGCAGUUCCCAAGGUUGCACCAGUUAAUGUGAGCGGUGGCGGAGGAGCCCGAGGAGAACUUGUCAUCAUUUGGGAGCCAGUUCCAGAGGAACAGCAGAGCGGAGAGGACUUUGGCUAUGUGGUGGCUUUCCGCCCACUCGGCAGCAGCACCUGGAUCCAGACGGUGCUGGCAUCGCCCGAUGCAUCCCGAUAUAUUUGCAGAAACGACAGCAUCGCACCCCUGACCCUGUUUGAAGUGAAGGUGGGCGUGUACAACAGCCUGGGGGAGGGCCAGUUCAGCCGUGUUGUUCGAGUUUUUUCUGCGGAGGAGGAGCCCUCGGAGGCACCGGCAAAAGUGCGCGGCCGCGCUUUGUCAGCCACCGAGAUCGAGGUGUACUGGGAACCAGUUCCCUCGAGGGCCAGCAGGGAGAAGAUCAUUGCUUAUGAGGUUCUGUUCUGGGAGGACGGAUCUGGGCAGAGCGACGCUGACAGAGUGAAGGUUAUCAACACCACAGCACAGCUCUCUGGCUUGAAGGGCAGCACGGUCUAUCUGAUCUCAGUCAGAGCCCAGAACAGCGCUGGACUCGGACCCAGCAGCCCCGCGUUUAACGUCACCACAAAGAAACCACCUCCCAGUCAGCCCCCGGGGAAUAUCGAGUGGAGUCUGACCAACUCGAAGAUCUUUCUAAACUGGGAACAUGUCAAGGCGAUGGAAAAUGAGUCUGAGGUGACAGGAUACAAGGUUGUGUAUCGUCAGAGCUGGCAGGGCAGGACCACUGUGCUGGAAACCAAUAAGACCAGUGUGGAGCUGCAGAUCCCUUCCGGCGAGGACUACCUCAUUGAGAUCAAAGCUCUGACCAAAGGGGGUGACGGCACCAGCAGCGGCCCCAUCCGCAUACCAAAGAUGUCCAGUAAGUUCCCAGCAGCCGGCAGCAUGCAAGAUGAUCAGAGCUGGGAUUGA